AGCUAGCCCGUCAGCCAGCCAAAGCCACCAACCACCGACAUUCAGUUCUGUUAAUGCGGGGUUUUCUAAUUUCAGUGUGAUUUUGGUGCUCGAUCGAAACGUACGUCUUUCUUAAGCUUCUUCUUGAUUAACAACAACUAAACGCGAAACGCUCAAAGCCAAAAAUUUAAAAAAAAAAAAGAUUUAAAAACAAAAAGAAAUAAUUAAACGAAACAAACGAAACAUUUUGAAGCUGUGAUUUUAAUUUUGGCAAAACCUAAAGAAGCUAGUCUUCUGCUAAACUGUGCAAAGCAAAAUACAGGGGAGAGAAAGAAUAAGAAACACAAAGUCUUAAUUCGAAUCGGUGUAAAAGGAAUACUGAAUUCGAAAAGAAAACUAUUUUGGAGUGACCGUUACGAGUGAUUGUUUGAAUUUAGUGGCAGCAAUCCGAAGAUAUUAACCGUAAAAAGGAAAUCCGUUCGCAGCUGUACAAGUUACGCGAGUCCCGACUACGAGAUCUCUAUCAGUUCGAUAUAAUGGCGGAUAAUAAUGUUGCUGGCUUCGGCAAGGACCCUCUGGCGCCCAGUCAUGGCGAGUCCUUUGGCGAUCAGAGUUUCCAGAGUUUGAAGUCAAAGGAAAUUCGCGAUUCGAUGAGUCCAUCUGAGCUGAAGUUUCAAUCGAUGGCAUUGAAUAAUCCCAGCAGCACGGGAUGGAAUGUUCAAUCAUCGUCGGAGGUUACCCCCGAUGGUAGAGGUUUUCGUGCCGAAACCAUUGCCACGACUGAUGGUGUGGAGCACAUCAAUGGCGGUACUGCUGAAUUCAAAGGACGCAACGAACAACGUUCCAUGGCCAUGCAGGAGGGUGACGACAAGAAUUUCGUAAAGAAAGCUUCGGAAAGUUCCAACACCCAUUUGCAAGAGAAGGUUGUCAUCGGCGAUGAAAACUCCGGACGCACUGAAAUCCGUACCAGUUCAUCGACAUCCACCUCUUCGUCCAAGGUCUUCCAAUCGUCCUCGACCACGGAAUAUGAAAAUGACCAUCCCGUUGAUUAUCAUCAACCCAAAUACUUGAUGGAUUCCGCUCCCCAACGCAUGCAAGAGCCUCAACAAUAUCAACAGCGCCCCAGCCAAGCCGAACCACGCUAUGAACCACGUUAUGAACCACAAUACUACGACGACCACCAACAACAACAAUACACCAAUCAACAAACCGAACAAUACCAACGCAAUCGCCAGGAGACCAACACUUCGCAGAAUGUCCAAACGAACGAGACGCGCGAGCAGAAUAAACGCUAUGUCGACAUGGAUAAGGCUUCGCCGGAAUAUCAACAGCAUGUCCAAUACUUGAUGUCCCAACCGGGUGAGAUUAUCUCAAACACCGUGGAAUAUCCGAAGCCGAAUGUGAAAAUGAUUACGACAGUGAAGCGCCUGCCCGACGGCACCAUUGUGCGCAACAAGCGUUACGAGACCGAAGAGACAACACCAACUCCAGCACCAUCCCAGACCAAUACCACCACUCGUCAGACAGUGACCAACACGAACAACACCCAGAGACGUGACUCCCAACCUACCUAUCAACAGCCAAAAAACUACCAGGGCCAACCACCUUCUGAACGUUUGAGGCGUCCCAGUGACGAUGUUGUCGACAAUGCCGAGACAGUACGUCGUCACACAACCACAAACGAUGAUACCGUGGAGACCAAGUACUCCACCACGAAAACAUCCAAUCGUAAAUUCUCCACUGAAACCACUUCGGAGACCAUUCACGAAUACGAUGAUGGCUAUCAGGUACCAAGUGGUGGUCCACGUCCCAAACCGGUAACAAAUGAUUUCAGCACCCAUGGUUUCCCCUCGGUAAGGCCAAAUAAACCAACCCAGGAAUUUGCCAAUCAUAGACCACAGGCAAUGCACCCCAGCCAGGCCAGUCCUUCACAGAAAAUGACCUCUCCGCCGCCCAGGGAAGCUCUUAUUCCAGUGCGCAGCGAAUAUGAACCCACUGUUACCGAGAGACGCAUUCCCACCGAAGAUGGCGAGGUUAUAGUCGUCAGCUCCGAAAAGAAGCGUAGUGUGAAGCACCACACCAACUCGGAACGCAUCAUCGAAACUGAUAUUCGUACCACCGAUGACAAUCGUUAUGAACAGAUCUCGGACGUCAGCACCUCGAAGACGAAUCAAGAUUUUUCCACUCAUGGAUUUCCUUCGGUAAGGGAACCCCAGCAGGGGCAACCGCCUAGUAGAACCAGUCCUGACUACUCUACUCAAGGAUUUCCAUCGGUAAGGGGACCCCAAUCUCAACCCAAUGCUCAUCCUGAUUAUAGGCCACAGCCAUCGGGCCCCAUGCAGCCCACUGGCAGCGUAACAAAAACCAUUCAAACCCCUGAUGGUGAGGUGAUCGUCACUUCCCAAAAGUCCCACACCACAAAAUACAACACCAAUUCAGAACGCAUUAUUGAAACCGAAGUGUUGGGGGACGAUGGUCGUCCAGUGCGCCGCAUACCAGUCGAUGUGGAAUAUGUCAGUGAUAAAUACACGGUAACUACUCCCGGAGAUCAAGUGCCUCAGAAAGGAUUCCCCUCGGUACGUUCACCAACCAAGCCCGUGGCCGAUUAUUCCACGCCUCAUGGCUUCCCUUCGACAAGAUAUAGUCAUCAGAAACCAUCGACUCCUGAUUACUCCACCCAAGGAUUCCCUUCCACCAGGGACACCCACAAACCGUCCACACCAGAUUAUUCCACCCAGGGUUUCCCCUCCACCAGAGAUGGCCCACAGCCCAGCAGUACUCCUGAAAGGCAAUAUGUGUCACCGGUAAAGACGCCAACCUCUUCUUCGAAGCCAUCUCCCACCGUCGAAGCUACGGAGCGCAUCAUACGCAAGGAGAAAGAAGUUGAUUCCGCCCAUCGGGCAUUCGCCGCCUCAUUGCGCAGUUCAUCGCCUGUGGAUCAAACCAGGCGUGACAGCUACAGCACCGAUGGACCACGUCACACGCCUCGCUCUAGUGUCUCGUCCACGAAACCGUUUAGACGCGAUAUGCGUGAGGGUUCCCAUGACAGUGAGACCAGUCGCAUUAGCACUACCACUGUUACGCGUCAGACCCCACCGAGAUCGGUUGGUGGCAAGACUGUGGUGGUUACUGAACGCGUGACCUCCUCGUCCUCGCCUCGUGGUACCAAAUCCCCAUCGCCCGGGAAGAAUGUCACCACCACCACCACUACAACAACCCGAACGGUGACCAACAAAGCGCCCGUCAAAGAUGUGCCGAAAUCAGAUAACCACAACCACCACCAGCAUACUACUACUACCUCCACCACCAACAACAAGAACAAAAACAACAAUCAGAAAAAUACCACCUUCUCUUCCCCCUCUGCAAAUGAAACUCUAUCCUAUCCCAUUAACCCCGAUUCUUCACUAACCAUUACCAAAAAGACCGUAGGCGACAGUCAGGCGACCAAAAGCCACCAGCUGCCACUACUGAGCGAGGUUAUAGAGGAGCCAUGCAUUAAGAAAUCCUAUUCUCUGCUUGGUCCAUGUAACCGUCCCCCCAAGACCGCCGCCAGUGAACAGGAACCAUCACCCCGAUCAUCACCAGCACCAAGUAGUAGAAGUAGUCCAUAUCCAUCCAGUAAAAGUAAAACUCCCCUGGGUGAAGACGAUCAGAAACCGCCAAAGUCACACACCUCACGGCCAUUCAUGCCAACAUCAUCUCCAUCAUCUAGAUCACCCCAGACAGAUCACGACCGAUCACCAAUUGGCUACCAAGAUGUACGAAAUUCAAGAGAUCAGCAGCACCCACACCCAGACAGGCCCAGGCCUCAUGACAAUGAUGAGCCCAAAGCUGUCACUAGGGAAGACACCUUCGAACAAGUCGACAUUGAUAGGGAUACCAGCACAGUGGUGGCGGUGUCACAACGUAAACCAUCGCGUGAUACUCCCACUCGCCACCAGCCGGACGACGAAGUCUUCAUUAGCGAAGAAGAUCACGUCUACGAAGACAUUGAUUCGGCAGUAACACGCAAUGUCAAGACCACAACCAAACAACUGAUUACCCAUGAAAAACAACCGGGUCGUACACCCCAAAGUGGAGUACGUCCGGUGGGUGAAACAAAACGUCCAGCACGACGCAAUGAACCUGAAAAGACCACACCGCUAGCACCCAAGUCCCAACAGAGCCCUAGGACCACACCAUCGACGCCCACACAAAGCCCUCGUAAAUCUCUGAGCACAAGCCAACCAAGCAAGACGCCAUCGCCCACCAAGCCCUCAGACAAGGCACCCAAACAGCCCGGAAGCUCAAAGCAACCUUCGGGCGAUACUCGCAAACCAAGUAAACCGGAAAUUUUGAAACAAACCGAAGUGAUUAAAUCGAAAACUACGAAAUAUACCGAAGACUAUAGGCAACAGUCUCCCGAACCUAAAAAGAAACCAGAACCACGACCAAGUGGUAAGAGUCCCCAAGAGAUCAAGAAACAUGAUGAACCCAAACCGAAUAGCAAGAGCCCUGGACGGGUAUAUCCUUUGGAAGAUGCAAAUGAGCCAAAAUAUACAUCGCCUGAUUACGAAUAUCCCUCGGAGGAUGAGGAGCAACAGAGGAAGCCAAGCUCGAAGAGUCCUGCUCGGGAAUAUCCACAAUCAAGACCGGUUGGCAAAAGUCCCCAACGGGAAGAUAAGCCAAGAAACGAAUAUCCUGGCGGCAGAUAUCCCCCAGGAGAUCAGACAAACCCCAAGCAACAAGAACAACCGGGAAAACCAAUUAGUAAGAGUCCUGAACGUAGAUAUCCCGCUGAGAAACCACAAUCUAGACCAGAUGAUAAGAGUUCCAAACCAGGUUACCAACAACCAUUGCAAAAACCUGGUAAACCUGAACAUCCUUACGACACAGAGGAAGAGGUAGAGCGGGUUACAAGUGAAUUUACCAUUAAAACUACGAACAAAAAUUUAAAGACUCGUCAGGAUAUUGAAUUUGUGAUUGAGGAUAAACCACAAUCAAGACCUGUAGGCAAAAGUCCCCAAAGGGAAUAUCCUGAUGAGAAAUCUCCAUCAGGUGAUGCAACAAAACCCCAGCAACAGAAACCGGGAAAACCAAUUAGUAAGAGUCCUGAGCGUAGAUAUGCUGAUGAUAAACCGAAAUCGAGACCAGAUGACAAGAAUUCCAAACCAGGUCACAAACAACCAUCCCAAGAGUCUGGUAAACCCGGGCAUCCUUACGACACCGACGAGGAGCGUGUCACCAGUGAGUUUACCAUUAUAACUACCAACAAAAAUGUGAGGACUCAUCAGGAUAUAGAAUUUGUGGAUGAAGACAAACCACAAUCAAGACCUACUAGCAAAAGUCCUCAAAGGAAAUAUCCUCACGAAGAUAAGCCAAGAAAUGAAUAUCCUGAUGAGAGAUAUCCCUCAGAGGAUAAGACAAAACCCUUGCAAAAGCAACCGGGAAAACCAUCUCAUGCCGAUGAUAAAACAAAAUCGAGACCAGAUGACAAGAGUUCCAAACCAGGUCACAAACAACCAUCCCAAGAGCAUGGUAAACCCGGACAUCCUUACGACACUGACGAAGAGCGUGUCACAAGUGAGUUUACCAUUAUAACUACCAACAAAAAUGUGAAGACUCGUCAGGAUAUAGAAUUUACAAAUGAAGAUAAACCACAGUCAAGACCAAGUAGCAAAAGUCCUCACAGAGAAUAUUCUGUAUCUCCUGAUCGUCAAUAUCCCUCAGGGGACAGAACAAAGCCCAAACAGCAACCAGGCAAACCUUCUGAUAGGAGUCCUCAGCGCACAUAUCCCAAUGAGAAACCAGAUGAUAAAAGUCCCACGCCAGACUAUCCUGGCGAUGGAAGCUUUAAACAACCAUCCCAAAAACCUGGUAAACCGCAACAUCCAUAUGACACCGAAGAAGAAGUGGAGCGUGUCACAAGUGAGUUCACCGUAAAAACAACGAAUCAAAAUGUCAAGACGCUUGAGGAUAUAGAGUUUGUGGUUGAAAGUAAACCGCACUCAAGACCAAGUAGUAAGAGUCCUCAAAGGGAAUCUCCUGAUCGUCCGUAUCCUUCGGAUGAUAAAACAAAACCCAUGACAUCUGGCAAACCUUCCGAUAAGAGUCCUCAGCGUACAUAUCCUUACGAUAAACCUCAAUCUACUCCAAGUGGCAAGAGUCCCAAAUCUGGUAAACCUCGUCCAUGGGAAGAUGCACCCUUGGAACCAGAGCAUCCUUACGAUGUGGAUGAAGAAGAACGCAUCACAAUGGAGAUGACUAUUAAAACAACCAACAAAAAUGUCAAGACCCGUCAAGAUUUUGAUAUUCACGAUGAAAAUGAAGAACAAUUGAUUUUAACUGGCAAACGUCCUCAAAAGAGAUACCCAUAUGGAGAUAGCGAUAAACCCCGAGAAGAAUCUCCGAAUCGAGAAUAUCCAUUGAGGGACAAAGUGAAACCUGGUGAACCAAGCAGGAAGAGUCCUAAACGUACACAUCCUCACGAUGAACUACAAUUCGAACAAAGUGACAAGAGUCUCAAACCAGACUAUCCAAAGAAAACACAACCGGGAGACAAAUCACCCUUGGAACCCGAAUAUCCUUCAGAUACAGAAGAAGAGGAGCGUCACACAAGUGAGGUUACCGUAACAAAAACAAGCAAAACUCGUAAAGAUAUUGACAUUCUCGUUGAGGAUGAGACUACUUUAAGGACUCGAAAGCAGACCAAGGAACCCAAAGGACAACAGCCGGAUACUGAAGAAGAGGAUGACGAAGAACCCAAAUUCAAUGACAAAAAACCAACUUCAAGAACUCCACAAUCUGCCAAAACUAAAUAUCCGGAACAACCUGAUGAGCCUACAUCCAAGACUCCCAAAUCUACCCGACCAAGUCUAUACGAAACCACGGCUGAAAAAUAUAUUCGUAACGAUGAUAUCACCACCGUUACCCAAAAGAACGUUACGACAACUAUCCAUGACAAAUUCAUGGAUGCGGAACGAAAAUAUCCCACAGAGGAACCGCAAAAACCAGAGGAUACCAAGGAACCAAAAGCUCCAAGAUCAGAAACUGAAAGCACCGAACCUAAGAAACCGCUGUUGAAUAAAGAUGACAAAGAUUUCCCCUCCAAGUCUCCAGAAUAUCCAGCUGAGAAAAAACCCACUCCCAAGAGUACCAGGCCUAGCCUAUAUGAAACUACAGCCGAAAAAUAUAUACGAAACGAUGAUAACCGAAAUGUUACACAAAAAACGACCACAACCACUAUUCAUGAGCAGUUCAUUGAGGCGGAACAGAGUCCACGGAAACCCAAAGAUUUUGAGCCAAAGGCUUCUGAACCCUUCUCCAAAGCACCACAGCAGCCAAAAGAUAACGACAAAGAACCUAAAGCAAAGGAUAGUCCACAGGGUAAACCAGAACCAGAAGACCAAAAACCUAAGGUGUUUGAGGCCAAAUUGGCCGAUUAUCCCGAUAGGCCACAAGAAAGCUAUCCUAAGGAUAAGGAACCUUCAUCUCAUUAUCCAGAACAGCCGGAUGAUUCUAAGACCGUAGGUUACCCAGGAGACAAAAAACCAUUCUCCAAGCUUCCAAAAGAAGCCGAACCUAAGGACAAUGAACCUAUCAGAAAACCAACUACCAAGACCACUCAGACUACCACCCAUGAAAAGUUCAUUGAACCUCAAACUACUCCAGCUGAGCGACCAGAUGGUGCCUUCAUUUCCAAGGCUCCCGAAGAACCGGCCCAGUACCCCAGCUACAUUAAGAAAGGCACAACUCGCCGAGAUACAUUUGAGGAUCGUUGCCGCCAAAUUUUAGGUAUGGAAAGUUAUGGUGACACACCUGGAGCCUACAAAAAACGUCCCUCCAAGGAUGUGGAAUUAGAGGAAGAGGAAGAUGACAAAGUAACGCAAAAAGAAACUGUUCAGAAAACCACUUUUGAAGUAAAAAUUGAGGAUUGUGAUGAUGAGGACGACGAACCUCUGUCCAUAAAUAGUGUCAAGAAGACAUUGGUUACAAAGAAGGUUCCUGAAACUAAGCCGCAAACCAAGCCCAGGGACAUGAAACCCUAUGAAGAUGAUAAACCAGAGACCACAAGUGAAUCGGAGCCCGAAGUGACAUAUCCUGACGAUGAAGAGACACUUGAGGUGACAACAACCGAGACGGAGUUCAUUGAUGUCACAAAGAAAUCCCCCACUGAAACCAAGAAACAUCCCAAGGGGCCUAAGGAAUACACAACCACAACAGAAGAAAUCUAUGUGACGGAAGUAAAGAAACACCAGCCAGACACUACAAGUGAUUCGGAGCCUGAAACCAGGGAAACAUUUAAAGAAACCAUUGAUGUAACCAAGAAACGCUCCGAAAAGACACAGGUUGAUGUUGGCAAGGAACCCACAUCAAGAUCACCAACCAGACCCAAAUCACCCACAUAUGAUACCAGGAAGCCUUCUUCUAGAUCUCCCCAAAGAUAUCCUGAAGAUAUAACAUACCAAACGGAGGAGUUGACCAAAGAAUCUCAUAUCGACAUUAAAAAGAAAGUCACUUCCCAGUCACCAACAAGACCAAAAUCUCCAACCCAUGAGACAAAGAAGCCUUCUGGCAGAUCACCUCAGAGAACGCCCAAGGACAAUAGCUACGAGCAAGUUGUGGUGACUACCGAAACCACCACAAGAAAACCAACUUCUAGAUCUCCCAUGAGAACGGUUUCACCAACAGACGAACAGAAGAAGCCGAGAUCACCAUCCACAUCGCCACAAAGAAGACCGAAAGGUCCCACCUACGAGACAACAGAGGUGAUCAAUGAACGCACAGAAACUUCACGGAAACCCGGCUCCAAAUCACCUACGAGACCUACCUAUGGGGAAAAGAAACCUUCCUCUACGUCACCGCAAAGAACUCCCUCCUCGACGUCCCCUCAAAGAACUCCCAAGAUCUACACUUCUGAGACAGAGGAGGUGAUUAUCGAAACCACAACUAGGAAAUCUGGAUCGCCUGUGAGACCAGUUUCGCCAUUCAGCAAGAAACCAACUUCCAGAUCGCCCACAACUUCUCCACAACGUACUACCAAGGGUUCGACAUAUGAGACAGUGGAGGUGGAUAAGGAGAUCACAAAGAAACCUAGCUCCAGACCAAAGUCCCCCACCUACGACACUCACAAGAAGCCAACCUCAGAAUCACCCUCAAGAGGUCCCAAAUCAGCUGCUCUUAAACCUUCCAAAUCGCCCGAAAGACCAAUCCUAACCGAGGACUCCGAGUACGAAAGUGUGAUUGUUACCAAACAAACUGACAUUUCCAAGAAAACAACAUCCCGAUCACCCACGAGAGUGAGCGAGCUCACUCCUGAAACUCCCAAGAAACCUAGUUCCAGGCCAAAAUCGCCAACAUACGAGACACAGAAGAAACCAAUUUCUCAAUCACCGACGAGAGGACCCAAGGCGGCACCACAUAAACCAUCUAAAUCUCCCGAGAGAGCAACUUUAACCGAGGACUCUCAGUACGAGACUGUGGUUGUCAGCAAACAAACUGAUAUUACCAAGAAAACAACGUCUAGAUCACCUACCAGAAUGGCAGAGCCAAAGCCAUCAACCGUCGAUUCUCGCAAAAAGCCAACUUCUCAAUCACCUUCAAGAGGCCCCAAGACCACUCCAUCCAAAACCUCCAAAUCACCUGACCGAGCAACCCUAACUGAGGAUUCCGAAUACGAAACUGUGGUUGUCACUGAACAAACUGACGUUACCAAGAGAGUGACCUCCAAAUCACCCACAAGAUUUACAGAACCCAGACCUGAACGCCAACCGUCAAAACCCACAGAUACCUUCACAAGGCCCACCGCAAAGAAGCCUCAAGUUAAGACCAAUGUGAAUGAGGAAUUCAUCACCAGCGAAAAAGUCUUGGUGACGAAGGUCAAAAAAGAUUACCCCGAAACGACAAGUGAAUCGGAACCAGAAAGACCUCAACCUCAUGAGGUUUCCACCAAAACAAUCGAAAUCACCAAGAAGCGCAACGAAUCCUCACCCACACGAAGACCGGAGGGGUCGUCUCCCGUCUACGGUUCGCCAAAGGAUAGAUCUUACGAAACCAUUGAGGUGACCAACAAGAGAAUUGAAACCACCAAAAAACCUAGCUCUAAAUCACCCACAAGACCCAUAACCGAUAGGGAACCCUCUAGCAGAGUAACAAAGAAAACCAGCACUCCAACCAAGCCGAUUGCAAAACCCACAAUGGAAUCACCCAAGCAAGGGCCAAAAACGAAGCCCCGUGGACCGACAAAAUCGAACAUAACUGAAGAAUUUAUAACAACUGAAAAGGUCUAUGUCACGGGCAUUGAAAAAGAUUACCCUGAGACAACAAGCGAUUCCGAAAUGGAGCCCCAAGAAACGUACGUGGAAACCAUCGAAGUUACCAACAAGAAGAAGGCCGAUAAAAAUAUUGAAAUCACCAAGAAAUCCGUCAACAAAACACCUACCAAGCCGUCUUCGGAGGCUCCAAAGAAAACGCCGGUCAAGUCGACGCCAUCCAAGGACACCAAGGUUGUGACGGAAACCAUUAAGGACCGCUUGAGAUCUUCGGUGCGAAAGGAUAAACCUUCGCCCAAGAAACCCGAUCAGGUUGAUGCUGUUUCUUCGCCUGAAACCAGCCCCAACCGCCUAACAGAACGCCGCAGGUCCAGCAAUAUUUCGGUCAAUACCGAAAUCAUCAUCGAACAUACCGAACACACUGCGGAAACGGCAACAACAAAGAAAACUAAAGACUCAGUCUACAAGGAAAUCAUCGAUUCUACAACACUGCCGGAAAAGCUGACUAGGAAAAUGCCUGUAACCGAACGCAAGGAAUCGGCUCCGGUCCAUAGGGUAACACGCAAGGACAAGGACACCAAAAUGUCACGUUCCACAAGUGAGAAUCUAAUCAAGGUCCAAAAGAAACCUGAAGAUGAUAAGCCAAGGAUUCUUACACCAACAGCGGACAAGAAACCAACACCCAAACCGACUGCCGAUCAUCGGCGCCCAAAUAAAUGCUUUGCCACUAAAACCAUAAAUCUCAGUGCCACCGAUCGCCUGAUGAGCAGCGAGGAUAUGGAGAAUGUGAUCAUCGACAUCCAACAUGCCAAGAGUUCAAGGGAACCCUCCCCCGAUAAAAUUGUACCAACACCGGUACCAGCUCAUUUGGACACCGGCAAGCCGCGAUAUCCCGAUGUCGUCCAGGAACCAGAAGACGAACCCAAACGCAAACCGGUCAUAAAGAAUAUUCCCAUUUUCGAGGAGGAGAACAACAGCUAUGUGGGUUGCCACAUCAGCGAAGCUAGCCACAGAACCUUUGAGGAUGAUGACGACAGCUUGUGCACUCCCCUGGUGGAGGCCCCCUCCAGCCUGGACUAUCCCUCGAUUUCCGAAACAUCAUAUCCCACAACAACUGUGGUCACUGACGAUGAGUGCCUGCUGAGCGUGCACGAUAAGGUCAGUCGCUUCCAAAACAUUGCGGAAGAAGUCAAGAAACCCAAAACUUCCAGCCCCUUCCACAGGGAAUUCGAUGACAAGACACGUGUGCCCGACAACGAUGAGUGCCUGCUGAGCGUCGACGAAAAGGUCGAUAAGUUCAUAAAGAGUGCCGAAAGUCUGACCACAAAACAGACAACAAUUACCACGGCACGUGACUCGAAACCCAAAGAAUUCCCCGGGUUCAACGACGACGAGGAUGACCUAGAAGUCACCGAGUGCCCAUUUACAACAGUUAAAUUGGCUCCAAGUGAACCACAAAAGUCACCCGAGCUGGUCAGACACAUAUCCCGACACAUUUCACGUCAGAGUGAUUUGGGCGAGCCGGCCACGGAACAACAGCACACCCAUCGCAAUGAGACGACGAUGCAUGAGGAAUUUUUAAGCAGCCAAACCACUGCUGAGGAAUUUGUGACUCAUCGUCGUGACCAGACGACAUCAGCUGUAAAGCAACAACCGCGUCGUCCAGUUGAUCGUCAUGAUGAUGACCGUGAUGAUGAGGUUUAUGAUGAAGUGCAUGUAAACGGCGAUGAUGAUGAUGAAGAGUUAAUACCCCACACGGCAAUGCACACCGUACGCUUGGAGGAACGACGUCAGAAAGACAUUUUAGCCAGACCAUCUGUCUUUGAUAACAGCAAGCCUCGCGGAGGCAGCACAAAGCCAACGCCAACUCCAACCAAACCAACGACUGCCACAACUCCAUCCACGGCCAGCAGAAUCAACAAAACUCAGCCCAGGUAUGUGUCACCGGCAACCAAAGAUUCGGAGAAAUCCAGGCAAUCUACACCACAACAACAACGGCCACAGGUAAAACCAAAGCAAUCGCCAAAGGUAACUGCUACGGCCACCACAACAAUCACCAGUCACACCACCACGACGACGAGUGCGGCUAAUAAACGCCAGCCGCAUACACAAUCGCCCCAGCAACGACGCACACAUCCAGACUCUGAUUCCGAUUACCGGGUUGGCAGUCACAACAAAAACGAAACGCCAGUUAAAAGUAGCACAACAAUCGGCAAACAAAAACCCAAACAACAGCCAGUCUACGGCAGCAUUAACGGGCCCAAAAAAUCUCCACAUUCACCGCAGCCGGUCGUCGGCAUCAGCGUCACCGUCAAAAAGUCCCCAAUGCACACAGCCGAACAACAAAGACGAAGCACCACCACAACGACCAACACCAGCAAGAAUGUGAAACGAAGCCACGUCGAAGUCGAUGAAUACGAACACGAACACGACGACGACAGCGACAACGUCGACUAUGUUGAGGAAUUUCAGGUAGUUGAAGAGGUUGUGCCCAACGACGACAGUGAGACAGAACUGAUCAUUAACUCUGACACAACAGUUCGGUCAACGAACAGCCACCAGACGAAAGAAGAAACAGUCAAGACAAAACGAGCCACCGCAAACAACGUCCGUCGAGAGCCAUCAACUGCAAGUCCUACUUCGAAAUCUCCCGCAACUCGACCGAAAAUGAAAGAAACGACCCCAGGUUCACCACUGUCGACACCAAGUAGAAGCACCAAAGAUCACCACUCCGUAGAUCUAACCGAGAAAAGCACUUUACACAAACACAGCACCACAAAUAAAUCCCCCAGCACAACCACCACCACCACUGAACCAAAUGAAUCAUUUUUAGAGAACCGUCCGCCCAUCAAGAAAACACCAGGACAGACACCGUACAGGCCGAAGACCAUGAUAACGCCAACGGAAUCGGUGGCCGCUCGCCGGAGUCUGUUCGAGAAUCACAACAACCAGGCGACGAAACCAUUGGCCAGAAGACCAACACCGACAUCGACCAGCAGCAGUCCCAGCUCGGGCAGGAGACCAUCGUAUAUGGAUCACACCAAGAGUUCGUUGGAACACAUACGACGUGAUUCGUUGGAAAUAAACAAAACGAAUUACACUCGUCGUCCCUCGGCAAAUGAUGAUGAUGCUCCGGAUCGCAAUAGCCAGGUAAAGUUUGAUGUGCCGCAGAAGCCCCGCUCCGAUGUUCUGGACACAGACGAUUCGGAAUACAACAUUGAGGAGAUCUUUGAUUUGGUGAUAUUGGAGAAAUUACUGGAAACGGUGACAUCCUAUGAAGUGCGAAGACGUAUUCGGGCCCAGAUUCGUUUGGUCAAGAAGAAUAUGAGCAAUGCGGAAUACACCACAGUCACCACCACUUCAAAGAGGGACAAUAAAACAAAGCCAACCAGCGCCCAGGUCAUUAGCAAAAAAGAAGAGAAACAACAACAACACUAUUAUUACAAAGAGGAACAUCAACGGAAAGAGAGACACUCAUCCACUCACACUUCGCCCGAGCGUGUGCGUACCACCCAAGUAACCAAGGUCACCACGCGUCGCACUGAAAGUCCUGACUCGAAAUACUCAAGUCCCAGUGAAGGACGCAGUGUUAGUCCCCAGAGUCGACUCUCCCAGACCAGGGUGUGCAGCCGGACACACGAACGCAGUCCCAGUCCCUCCAGUGUGGCAACCGAAAUCAAGGUGAAGGAAGUGAAAAAGAAACAAUACGAAAAUGUCGAACAUGUGGAAGAGAUCUACAGGGAAUCGUCACCGAAAAUAAGAAAACCCAAAGCCUACUAUCCCAUCGAUGAUGACGAGGAGGAGGUAGACACUUUGUCCAGGCCGGUGAAGAAAACGGAUGUCUCUGAGGAGUACGACAGUGCCGAGUUGCAUGAGGAGCGUACCUUUAAAAAGGAAACCACACACAGACGUUCGUCACGGAAAUCCAUAUCUCCACAAUCCUCACCGGAAAGACAAAAGGCUUCGUCGCCUCGUGCUGGUUCGCCAGAGGGUAAGAAACCUCUAACAUCUAGAGUUUCACCCAAAAGUCCGGAGCGCAAAACCAUAAUUACCGAGCAACAACAGCAGCAAACUUUGAUGACCACCAAACAGCAACCGAAACGUACCCCUGUCUCUGCUCCUCUUAAAUCUAAACCUGAACCAAAAGCUCCCGUCUGGGCUGAUCGUAAGAACAUCUUAAAAUCUCCUUCAGCCACUCCAAAGAAGCCAUCCGCCGUUGCACCCGACUCCAGAAUAUCUUCCAGUGUCAGUCGCACCAUGAAAUCCAGCACACAGCAACAAAAGGUGAGCAGCAGUACGAAAUCGUCGUAUGUCGAAGAUGAUUGCAUCACCUCCAGCUACGGCAUUGGUCCAACCGAUGAAAAUGGUCUGCCACUCUUUGGCAUCAGGGCGCUGAAAAUGAAGAAGCCACAACAACAACAACAGCCUGCAAGUGAGCCGAUCUGUGAAACAACAGAAGAAGUCACUGGAUACGUUGUCGAAGAGAAGUACUAUUCGGAUAAUAAAUCCAAACCAAUUGUGGAACGCAAAGAAAUCAUUUAUUCCACCAAUCCUGAAGAGCUGCAGGCCAUCAAGGAAAAGGUCAGAGAGACAGCAACAACGACAACAACAUUGAAAUCCCUCAAGCAUGACAAAUUGGAGUCGGAUGAUGAAUCACCGUUCAGAGAUAAUUCAACGUAUAAAACAAAAACCAUAACGUCGGUGCGUUCAAGUCCAGAGGAAUUUCUAGAGUCAUCAACAACGAAAUAUGUCCGUCGUGGUUCGGUCAAGGAAAUGAGUGAAAAAUUCUUACAAAAAGAAUCCGCAUCAAUGGUAUCGGAAAAGACAAAUAAUUACCCAAAAGCCGGCCUGAUACUGCGCACAAAUUCACGCAAACAAAGCCGAGACAACGAUGAUAUGGAUGGUGAGAAUAAUGAAUAUUACGAAAGCCGAACCUCAUACAGGGACACCGAUGAAGAGGACGAAUGUCGAAUGGUAGCAGGUGGUGAGAGAGAAUACAUUGUAGAGAGCGAAAGUGAAACGGAGUCGAUAAAAAACACACAACGCGAAUUUAAGAAAAUCACUUCAACAAAAUCAUCAUCGUCGUCGCGAUCGUUUUUAAACACGAAGGGUGAAGAAAAAAUCAUCACCGGUGUCGAUGAUGUUUUAGAUCGAAUGAGAAAUGCGGAUAAUGUUGUUGAGGAAGGUGACACAGCCGAGGAUCAGGAGGCCAGGGCUUUGUUGAACAAAUUCUUGGGUGCUAGCAUUAUUAUGAAAGGCGUCGAAUCGACAAUACCCACAAUACCGACCGUUAAUCGAGAAACGAAAAUUAUUACAACGACAACUACUGGUGUAGGCAGUGGAAGACAACCAGCCAAACACGAGGUAAAAACUACACGUGUAACGAAAUCCAUUAAGUCGGGAAGCUCUUCUUCACCAGUUAUAGAGACAACUUGUGAUAUCGAGGAGAUCUGGGACGAGGAAAUCCUAAAACAAUUGUUGGAACAAGCUAAAACAUACGAAGAACGCCGUAAAAUACGAUCACGUUUGAGGGAACUUAUGGCUGACCGUGCAGAAAAGAACAGUUGCCAGCAGACAGGCAAAGAAGAAGGAGAAUCUGCUGCUGUUGCUGUUGUAGCCGCUGGAAAACGCGUCGAAGAACUAAAAUCGCCUGUUCAGAGGAGUGAAAGCAGUGCCAGCAGUGAAUACGAAAUAAUUGAAGAGGAAGUCACCUGCACGGAAUCCGAAUCGGAAGAGGUUAAGGAAACCGCAGAGACUACUGCACCCCAAAAGGAGGAAGAAUUGAAGCAAUCCUCGCAAGAAGAGGAAAAAGAAGAUACAACUUCUGCACCACCAGACGUGGUGCCCACCGAACCCCCAAGUACUGAAGAACAGUCCCAAAAACAAGAAGAACAACAAGAAAAAGAGGAGGAGAAAACAGUAGAAGAAACAAAGGAAUCUGACACUACAGACUCCGCCAAAGAAACCACCGACAGCUGCGCUGAAAAGGAUGCAAAACCACAACAGUCUUGCACAUCGACAACCGAAAAAACCGAAACGAAGGGUAAAGAUGGAGCUGUUGUAACCACAACUACUAAAGUUACAACUCGUACUGUGAGUGGAACAGGCCCUAAACCCGUUUCACCAUUUGCCAAAUUCAAGCAAUUGGAUAGACAAAAUUCUCAACAAUCAACAAAAUCUCCAACAACACCCACAACACCCGGUGGAGGCCCUGCAGCCUCACCCUCUGCUACCGGUAAUGCACCGAUAUUCAGAUUUACCGAUCCUUCAUUAAAUGCCCGUGCCGCCACUGCUAAGGAGCAGCUUCUACAGUGGUGUCAAUUGAAAACAAAGGAAUACGAGAAUGUCCAAAUAACCAACUUUAGUUCGUCCUGGGUCGAUGGUUUAGCAUUUUGUGCCCUGAUACAUCAUUUCUUGCCAGAUGCCUUCGAUUAUAGUAAACUAACUCCACAAAAUAGAAGAGAAAAUUUCGAAUUAGCUUUCACAGUGGCAGACGAGAAAGCCGGCAUAGCCCCCCUAUUAGAUGUUGAAGAUAUGGUUGUGAUGAAACGACCCGACUGGAAAUGUGUCUUUGUCUAUGUGCAAAGCAUCUAUCGCCGUUUUCGAAAUUGCCAAUAAUUUUCAGCACACGUGCUCACUCACUCACUUACUCAAUUGAAAAACAAAAACCUCAACAAAAAACUAUUUCUUUUUUCAUCUUUUACUAAUAAAUAAUUUUUGUUUCACAAGCCUUUAACCCAGCCACGUACAGGGUUAAAGUCCACACUUUUUAAUGUUUGUAUCAGGUCAAGUGAUGAAUAGAGUAGUGUUCAGUACUUUGUAUUUGUUUGUUAAAAAAAAUAUGUAUGUCCUUCCCAAUGUGUAAUGCACUCGUAUAAUUUGCUGUUAUUUGUAUUUUAUUUUUACCAAUUAUGAAAAAAAAAAACGAAUAUUCAACAGGCAAUAUUUCUAUGGAAAUGAUCAACUUGUAGUGCCUCUGUUGGUAUUCACAAUCACCAAUACAUUUCAGGUGAUAUAUUGUUUUUAUUUUUAUACAUACAUACAUGAAUAUCGAUUAUUCAUAAAGUUUUGUUUUCUUUUAGAUACUCAUAAUAUUGUAAUUAAUUCUAUAAAUAUAUAAAACAGAAAUCAAUAUCUAUGUAUUUCUACUCACUUUUAUUAUUUUCUAUUACUAACAUUUGAAAACUGUGCGCCACAUCAAGCCACAUCAAUUCAAAUAUUUUGUUAUCAAUCAACUUUGAAAAUACAUUUGAUUCGAUUUGAUUUUAUUUCUGCUUUUGUUGAACAUGAAUCUUCAAAUGAACUCGUAUUUUUAAGCAUCCAAUAUGUAACGAAUGUUUUCUUUUUGUUAAACUGAAAUCAGGUCAGCCCAUUUAGAAAGCAACAGCUCAAUUUUCUUAUUUUUAUUAUUAUGUAUUUUAUAAACGAUAUAUUGAACUAAUGUUUUGAAUUAUAAGAAUGAGAAUGAAUAAAAUAUUAACAUUCAA